UGUAUCGUGUAGAAUUACCGUAGCUACGAUUAGUCGAAUCGAAAACAUAUCAUCCGCUCAACCAGUGGUUUUCUGGUGCUCUGUUUUUCCUUUACACCCUAACGUAUUUCCCCGUGAUCGAGCACCAUGUCCUUAGACAAAUUCGAUCUUCAAAAGGUGCACGGAAAAUUUGACGAAAGUCUCGUGGGAGAGGAUGAUGUAUACGUGGAUCAAUAUCUGGAAGCGUUCAAGGAGCUGUACAAAUUUUUUCAGCUGAUGGGAACGGUUUUUGGAUUCGUAAGCAGUGACGUCAAGGAAAAGGUGGAAAUUUUGGAAAAGUUCCGAGCGAAGGAAAAUGCGGACAGUUUCCUCACCAUACGUACGAUGAUGGAGUACGAGCAGGAAUCGAAUUUGCUCAAUAAGAAAGACUACGUAUCCGGCAGUCGAACACUGCUAAGGCUUCAUCGUGGCUUGGAUUUCAUACAGGAGUUUUUGAAACGCCUCGGAGACCUAGAAAGUGAUGGCAAAACGAUCGGAGCCUGCCAGACCGCUUACAAUGAUACCCUUGCUCAAUUUCAUCCAUGGCUCAUCCGGAAAGGGGCCACCGUUGCCAUGUACGCGCUUCCGACGAGGGAUCAGCUGUUGGAGAAAGUGUGUCUGGAUGUGACCGUUGCGAUGCAACUGCUCCCGGAAAUGCUGGUAGUUACUCGCAAAGUGUACGAUCGUACGCAAGAUCUCUACACCAAAUACGACCUGCACGGAUUGCCGUAGAGGAAUUCUGACGUUCUGUUUCGAUAAUCAGCCACGAGGUGAAAUUACGCUUAGAGAAGGAAGGCAGCGCUUUUAAUCUGUUUUGUUUUAUCGUUUGAUCCAUGUGCUAAUGUAUAGUAUUGCGAAUGUCUAGUGAGUGUUGGUAAUCCAACAUUUAUACAUGUGUUGGCCCGGUAGUAAUUGUUCGUAAUUAGCUGUUUAAUUUUAUUUGAUCUUGAUAAAUAGUGCACUAUAUUCGUACGGGAAGAAUAUCGUACGUGCAGUGAUAAUACGUUCAAGCUGGCUUGAUCUUGAAUGCGUUCGAACGCAUCUAUACCGGGCAAU